AUGUCAAAUCAUAAAGAUACUGUAGAUGCAAACUUGAAACUAUUCAAUGAAGAAUUAAGUGCAAAGUAUCAACAAAGAGAAGCUCAUAAUAUAUUACCAAUCUAUUUUAUUCAACAUUUACUAAACUUUGAUUUGAAAGCCCCAAGGAGAACUUUAGAUGAAAGUAGUAUAAUUUUAGGUGAUCCAGAUUUACCAUGUAAUGGUUUAACAAUUGAAAAAGAUUUACCAGAUCCAAAAACAUUUAUAAGUGAACAUCCAGAUACUCCAUUUAAACCAGGUGCUAAAAUUUUAGAUUUUGCUUGUGGACCAGGUAUGGUCACAGAAUUAUUAGCACCAUAUUUGAAAAGUUCAACCAAAAAAUCAGAAUUGAUAGGUAUGGAUAUUAAUCCAAUUUUUUUAAAAUCAUUUGAAGAACGUGCUGAAAAGGUUAACGAUGAAAAUUUAACAAUGAAAAGUUAUGAAUAUGAUAUUUUAGAUGAUUCAAUACAAGAUGAUCUUAAAAAAUUUGAAAAUUAUUUUGAUGUAAUUGUUUGUACUAUAUCGUAUCAUCAUAUAUAUAAUUAUGAAGAGGUUACGAAAAAAUUAGUUACAUUUUUAAAGAAAAGUGGUUGGUUAUUCAUAGUUGAUUUUUAUAAUGAAGAUGUUGAGUUGAAAAAUGCUCCAGCUAAUGCUGCUGUACAGCAUAUGGGUGGUUUAAAGACUGAUAAAUUGAAUUAUGUUUUAGGUGAUUAUUCAGGUUUGAAAAAUGUAUCAAGUGCAAGAGAGUUUAGAACUUGGGUAUGGAAUGAUGAAAGCUUUAUAUGUAGUCAUAUGAAUGAAUCUGUACUACAAGAUUUUAAAGCAGGUAAAUUAAGAUCAAGAGAAGAUAAAGACAUGGUAGAGUAUUUGGUUCCUGUUAGUUUGAUUUAUGCUGUUGGUCAAAAAGAAUAA